AUGUCGCCCCGUCGAUCCCUUCGAUCGCGAAAGGCACAUGAUGAAUCCCCAGAGCCAGAGGCUAACAUGGCCACCAGGUCUACCAGACAAACUCGCGCAUCUGUUUCCGCGUCUGCUCUAGUUUCCAUCUCUCGAUCUUCAUUGAAUUCAGGAGAUCGAAAGAGAUCUCUCCGGCUUACUCUCAAAAUGGCCUCUAGCAAAUUGCGGGAAGCUACGGGUGCUGGUCGCUCUGCUGGACGGCGCUCAGUCAAUGUGUUUCGGGAUGAUCCUAUUGUCUCGGGACCCCGCUCCAGUCGGAACCGAAAGAAGAUUGUAGAAGUUGCUACAAGCGACGAAGAAGAAAUCGACGACCAAGAAGAGGACGAAGUUGAUGAUGAAGAUGCACCUGGAGACGACGAUGACGAUGACGAUGCUGAUGCUGAUGCUGAUGGUGACAUCGAUAUGGAUGACGUGCAGCCUCAGGCGCCUACCAGGCGCGGUAAAAUCACCCCUCCCUCUCGCGCCAAGCCGCCCAAGAGUGUGGAGGCCAAGGAGAUCAGAAUGGAAGAAGACGAAGACGAAGAGGAAGAAGAAGACGAGGAAGAGCCCAUCUCCGAUACGGAUGAAGAUGCCGAAGCCGAGGGUGAAGAUCAGGAUGAAAGUGCAGUCCCAGACGUCAAUGUUGAUGAUCUAGAUGAACUCGACGAUGAUGAUGGAAUAGAGGACGACAUGGAUAGUGAUGCCCUCGCUAUGCAAAGUGGCAAAACCACCAAGCGCCAGCGAGGAAAUCUGGGGAAUGAUUUCUUGCAACUUCCCAUGGAGCCCCAGGUCAAGAAGCAUUUGACUGCCGAGGAGCGCCAGAUGCGUCGUGCAGAGAUGGCGCGGCGAAGGAAGAACCUAAGUGAGAAGCGGAAUGAAGAGGAGAAGAUGGACACAAUCAAUCGACUGCUAAAGAAGCAGGCCCCUAAGCGGCGUGGCCGAGCUGCUGCGGCCGAGGCUGCCGAUGGCACCCCCGGCCAAGAAGGCGCGGAGGCCGAUAAAGCCGACCCUACCAUGGCACGCUGGAUCAGCGGUUCAAAUGGCUGUAAAGUAGCCGUGCCAGAAGAAUGGCUGGGGACACCUACUGGGCGUGUGUUCGGUGCACCUACAGUUCCUGCAGGGAAAAUGGUUGAAGAAGUUUGA